AUGUCGGGCCGUGGUAAGGGUGGAAAAGGGCUCGGAAAGGGGGGAGCCAAGCGUCACAGGAAGGUGUUGCGUGACAAUAUUCAGGGCAUCACGAAGUCCGACAUCCGACGUCUGGCACGCCGAGGUGGCGUGAAACGCAUCUCUGGGCUCAUCUACGAGGCGACACGCGGUGUGCUCAAGGUCUUCCUGGAGAAUGUCAUCCGUGACGCCGUCACGUACACUGAGCACGCGAAGCGCAAGACCGUCACUGCCAUGGACGUGGUGUAUGCUCUUAAACGCCAGGGUCGUACUCUCUACGGCUUUGGCGGUUAG